CACAAAACAUAUAAUGGAGAUUUCCUCUGGGGUUUAUCUUCUUUUUCUAUUGAAUCUCUUCUCAUUUGGGAGGAUACUUUCUUCAGCAACCGUUUUUAAACUCCAAAACCAUUGCAGUUUCACAGUAUGGCCUGGUUCUCUCUCCGGAAACAGUGCUGCCCUUGGUAAUGGUGGUUUUGCAUUGUCACCUGGUUCAUCAGCCCAAUUCCAGGCUCCGCCCGGUUGGUCUGGUCGAUUCUGGGGUCGAACUGGCUGCACAUUUGACAACUCUGGCUCCGGCAAAUGCAUAACCGGUGACUGUGGUGGCGUGCUAAAGUGCACCGGCGGUGGUGAGCCACCCGUCACCCUGGUAGAGUUCACCAUUGCUGGCGGCUCUAGUGACAAGGACUUCUAUGAUGUUAGUCUCGUGGAUGGUUACAACGUUGCCUUACGAGUUGAGGCAAUUGGUGGCUCAGGAGACUGCAAAUACGCAGGUUGUGUCACGGAUCUAAACACUAAUUGCCCCGCUGAGUUGCGGGUCAUGGAUUCGGGUUCCAUUGUUGCUUGUAAAAGCGCCUGUACCGCGUUUAACUCGCCUGAGUUUUGCUGCACCGGCGAUCAUGCUACUCCUCAAACUUGCUCACCAACAAAGUACUCGGAGAUGUUCAAGAAUGCAUGCCCUACGGCUUAUAGUUAUGCUUAUGAUGACGCCUCUAGUACUCGGACUUGUUCCGGGUCAGAUUAUUUGAUCACAUUUUGUCCAACCAUCAGGUCAUGAACAUGAUCAUGGUUCAUGACCAUGGUCUGGGGGAAUCUUUAUUUGCUAUUUAUUGCUACUUUCUUAGAUAAAUUUGAUGCUUGGGAUUAGUUGAAUUACACUAUUGAACCAAUUGUGUUCUUCAUCUUGCUUAAAAUAGAAGGUAAGUUCAGUCUUUUAGUUGGCAAAUUCUAUCUGUUUUAAAAUUUGUGUUUGGUUUGUUUGGUGAGAAAGUAAAUGAAGUGUACAAAUAUGAAAGCAAAUUUUCUUCAAUCUGAUGAAAUCCAAGAACCAAGAGAAGAAGCCAUAAGCUUUGUGUGAGCCACAACAUUUAUGGGGUAGUUGGGCUGCAGAACUUGAAUAAGUUUCUUGUGCUUCCUUUUCAAUGUUGUGGG